AUGGCUUCAUCAUCUGAGCAAAACAACAAGCCCCUUCUGAUGCUUAUGAGCUCCGACGGCGAGCAAUUCACGGAGGAGAAAUCCAUGGUGGUGCAGUUUUGCCGCAAUAUCAAAACCAUAGUGGACAGCAGCGGCGGCGGCGCCGCCGACGGUAUCUUCGUCCCCAAAGUGGACGCCAAGAAUAUGGCGUUGGUUCUGGAAUACUGCAAACACCACUUCGAGAAGGACUCCUCCGAUGACCCCGACGUGCAGGAGCAGCUAAAGCGGUUUGAUGCUGAGUUCGUGAAGGUGGAUUUGCUGGCUCUCUGCCGCCUCAUCCUGGCCGCCUAUUUUCUCGGCGUCAAGAAGUUGUUAGCGGUUGCCUGCGAGGAGUUUUCCGGCCGGGUCAAUGACCGGUGCCCACCCGAAAUCCGAGAGAUCCUUGACACCUUAUAUGCGCAUGCCCUUCAGGAUGAUGACAGGAUGCUUGAGACUCCUCUAUUUAAAAGUGCAAUGGGUGGACAUCUAGGGCUCGUUAUUAACUGGAAGAUUUCUCCAACAUUGGAGAAGUAG